CGCACUCUGAUAAUUAACUAAGCUAGUACAAUAGUAGCACGGUUUCUAUCCCCGACCUCAAACACCAACAUUUGCACCACUCGCCGAUUUACAUAUUUGGUGUAUUUUCGUCAAAUUUCCGUGGGAAGCGGACGACACGUCGACACAUUUUAGUUGUCUCCUUUAUUUAAUUUCUGCUCUCUUUUUAACUUUUCUCGACUGACCCUCCUUGUUCUCUCCGCCUGCUCCCCUCCCCUCGGUUCUGCAAUCAUUUACUCCCGGUUUCGUUCACUAAUGGCUGUCGCGUCCUCUUCGGACGCUGCAAUCCUUGCAUUAGGCGUCGUCCUAGCUGCUGCCUAUCUUUUUCGUGAUUCAAUAUUCUCUUCCUCAACGCCCAAAGCUGUCCCGGUUGCUCCUUCUAAACUCGCAAAUGGCCAUGGAAACCCUCGAGAUUUUGUCGCUAAAAUGAAGCAAGGGAACAAACGUCUUAUCAUAUUCUAUGGCUCUCAAACUGGUACUGCAGAGGAAUAUGCUAUCCGCAUUGCUAAGGAGGCAAAGACAAAGUUUGGGCUUACAUCUCUGGUUUGCGACCCCGAGGAGUACGACUUUGAGAAUCUCGAUCAAGUGCCUGAGGAUAGCUGUGUCAUCUUUGUCAUGGCUACUUAUGGCGAGGGCGAACCCACCGAUAACGCAGUUCAACUCAUGGAAAACUUGGCCGAUGAUUCAUUUGAAUUCAGUAACGGUCAACAUAGACUUGAGGGCCUCAAAUAUAUUGUUUUUAGUUUGGGUAACAAGACUUACGAACACUACAAUGCCAUAGGACGCCAGUCAGAAUUGGCGAGCGCGGUGAGGGAGAUGACGAUAAGAGUAUGGAGGAGGACUACUUGGAAGUGGAAGGACGGUUUGUGGGCUUCCUUCGCUGAAGCCAUGGGUGUAGAGGAGGGUCAGGGUGGUGAUACCCCAGAUUUCACUGUUACAGAAUUAGAAUCGCACCCUCCGGAAAAGGUAUAUCUCGGCGAACUUUCUGCACGUGCCCUUACGAAGACCAAAGGCAUCCACGAUGCCAAGAACCCUUAUGCCUCCCCUGUCAAGAUUGCUCGCGAACUCUUCGAAGUUGGCGGAGAUCGUAACUGUGUCCAUGUCGAACUUGACAUCGAAAGCUCUGGGAUCACAUAUCAACACGGAGAUCAUGUCGGCGUCUGGCCUAUCAACCCUGAUGUUGAGGUUGAUCGUCUACUUUGUGCACUUGGACUCUACGACAAGAAAGAUACCGUUAUAAACGUCGAUUCCCUCGACCCUGCUCUUGCUAAGGUUCCAUUCCCCGUCCCUUCAACCUACAUCACCGUCCUGCUGCUGUCGCUGGUCGUCAGAUUCUCGGUGCUCUCGCAAAGUUUGCACCCUCUCCGGAGGCUGAGGCAUUCUUGCGUAACCUUACCGUCGAACAAGGAGGACUAUGCGGCCGUUGUCGCGAACGGGUGUCUCAAGCUUGGCGAAGUCCUUCAACUAGCUGCAGCCAACGACAUCCAUGCUCACCCUACACCUAAGAACACUACUACAUGGGCCAUACCCUUCGAUAUCGUUAUCUCAUCAAUCCCUCGUUUGCAACCCCGCUACUACUCUAUCUCGAGCAGUCCCAAGCUUCACCCGACCUCCGUGCACGUAACGGCUGUUGUUCUCAAAUACGAGUCCAUUGCCAACAACCUCGUUGCUCCUCGUUUGGUAUAUGGUGUUGGCUCAAAUUUAUUGCUCAAUAUCAAGCACGCUGCAAAUGGCGAGACCGCUGUCACUGCCUCGGCGUAUGCUAUCGAGGGUCCCCGCGGGGCUCACAAGGUUGAAGACAUUUACAAGAUCCCUGUCCACGUCCGUCGUUCCACGUUCAGGCUCCCGACAAAUCCCAAAACCCCCGUCAUCAUGGUUGGACCGGGCACUGGUGUUGCGCCAUUCCGAGGGUUCGUCCAAGAACGUGUUGCUCUUGCUCGCCGAACAAUUGAGAAGAACGGCCCUGAUGCUUUGGCGGACUGGGGUCAAGUCUCUCUCUUUUAUGGUUGCCGUAAAUCAACGGAAGACUUCCUCUACAAAGACGAAUGGCCACAAUACACUGCCGAGCUGAAGGGCAAGUUCACGAUGCACUGCGCAUUCUCACGGGAGCCGCCGUACAAGCCGGAUGGUAGCAAGAUCUACGUGCAGGAUCUGAUUUGGGAUGACCGUAAGAACAUUGCCGACGCUAUCCUUAAUGGGAAGGGAUACGUGUACAUUUGUGGUGAUGCCAAAGCGAUGAGCAAGGCAGUGGAGGAGGUUCUUGCGCGGGUUUUGGGUGAGGCCAAGGGUGGGAGUGAGGCAGAUGGUGCGGCUGAGAUCAAGCUGAUGAAGGAGCGCUCACGGCUGAUGUUGGACGUCUGGAGUUAGAGGAGAUGAUAUGUUUGCAUAUGUUACUUUUGCGCUAGCUCAUGACAUGUCGAUGCCCGACACUUCGAUAUUAUAUUGCAAUAGAUAUACAUACCUUGGGUGGUAAAGUUUGUCUAUAAUAAACCCACUUCACGAAUUUAUCCAUCGUUG